AUGGCCGUGUGGAUGCGCCUUCUGCCCCUGCUGGCCCUGCUGGCCCUCUGGGGGCCUGAGCCUGCCCCGGCCUUUGUCAACCAGCACCUGUGUGGCUCCCACCUGGUGGAGGCGCUCUACCUGGUAUGUGGGGAGCGGGGAUUCUUCUACACGCCCAAGGCCCGCCGGGACACGGAGGACCCCCAGGUGGGGCAGGUGGGGCUGGGCGGGAGCCCCAUCACAGGCGACCUGCAGUCCCUGGCCCUGGAUGUGCCACCACAGAAGCGCGGCAUUGUGGAGCAGUGUUGCACCAGCAUCUGCUCCUUGUACCAGCUGGAGAACUACUGCAACUAG